AUGCGGCCACCACAAGAAAACCAGAACAAUGAACCUUCUCGGCCGGGGACGCCUCCUCAACCGCCUUAUUCCCCCGUAACACCAGUGUUCGCCCAUCUCACACCGGCCGCCACAAAUGGGCCACAGACAAUAGUUCCGCCGGCGACGUCGCCAUCUCCAACAUCGCAAGCCCUUCCUUACAACUCAAUAUCCUCAUCUUUACCUCCUCCAGCGGCUCCCACGUUUGCCCCGGAGCCUCUCCCUGUACCGAUAUCCGAAAGCGAGAACCCCGAUGCCAUUGCGCUGCGCUCAGCAAUCUCCAUAUUACAACUCCAGAAGCAACAGAGUCUACGAGAUAUCAAAACGCUAGAGAAAAUGAAAGAAGCCGCCGCUGAGGAUCCUGAAAAGUUCGCUCAUGAACUUUCUUCAGGGAAGCUGUCAAGGAAAGAUCAGGGUGGAUUCAUCGACUUCAAUCAUGAAGAGGAUGUCGAGGAUGAGAACACGGAAAUACCCGAUGCUGGAGCCCGAAGGAGUUCAGAGCUAGGAACCCUCCCCGAGCCUCAGAAUGUCGUCCGCAUGCCCCCAAUAAAUUGGACCAAGUACCAGGUGGUUGGGGAGAGCCUGGAUAAAAUGCACGAGGAGCAGCUGCGUCGACCCUCUACUGGUGAACCGAGACGGGACGAGAUGCCCGCACCGGAGUAUACUAUAGCAUCGCCAUAUCGACCACUGGUAGAUAAACUAGAGAGUCCAACAAAGGCGAAGGGUGUUAGCAAGAGCAAAAAGGGUUGA